GCGAUCCGCACCUACUUCUCCGUGUUCGGCGAGCUCGAGGAGGUCAGCCUGAAGAAGCACGAGACCACCGGGAAGACAACGGGCUCGGUGAAGUUCGCCAGCCCAACCGCGGAGCUCCGAGAGCAGAUGCUGAAGGAAGCCCACGUCAUCAAUGGGUACACCGCCCAAGUCCAGACAUGGAAGAUGCAGAAGAUGCAAAAGCCAGGGUACGCCAAGCAGCGGGAGGCGGAAACAGCCAAGUACUUCGCGAAGAUUGGCAAGCCGCAAGGGCUUAUCACGUGGAGUUAG